UUUCCUAAUUUCCUUUUCUUCUGUUCUUGAUUCUGUGUUUCCUCUGCGAUAACAUCUUCAAAUCUUCAUGACCCAUGUGUUUUUUUUGCUCUAAUCACUGAAUUUUCCAUCUCAAUUCCUUGUGGGGUUUCUUAUCUUUUUGUUAUCAAUUGAUUUUGCUGUAAGAAGUUUAUGUGAUUCUGGUUUAUGGAGGUUCUUAGCGGGUUAUCUUCAACUGGGUCCUGCCCCAAUCCAAAGCUUGUGCAAUUGUUCUUCAUUUGCUGUGAAUUUGCAGAUGGAUUUCUUGUCGUUCUUCAACCGCCUUUUUGUUCGUACUCUCUCCUCAAAGAUACAUCAACACGAUUAGGCCUUUUGUAAAACGAGUAAAUGUCAUUCCGCAGCAUACUUCGUGAUGUGAGGGAUGGAUUUGGAAGCUUAUCGCGACGUAGUUUUGAACUGAGGCUGUCUAGCCAUUCCAGGGGUAAAUCUCAUGGACCAGUUCAUGAGCUUGAUGAUGAACCUCUGCUAAUCCAAACUAGCCGCUGGGCUAGCCUUCCGCCCGAGUUAUUAUUGGAUGUGGUUCAGAGACUAGAAGCAAGCGAGAAUACUUGGCCUUCUCGGAGAAAUGUUGUUGCUUGUGCUGCUGUAUGUAGGUCAUGGAGGGACGUGUGCAAAGAAAUCGUCAAAAGUCCCGAGUUCUCCGGGAAAAUUACAUUCCCCAUCGCCUUGAAGCAGCCCGGACCUCGUGAUGGUACUAUUCAAUGCUUCAUCAAGAGGAACAAAUCUAAUUUAACCUAUCAUCUUUAUCUUUGCCUUAGUCCUACUUUACUUGUUGAGAAUGGGAAAUUUCUUCUUUCUGCAAAAAGAACGAGGAGAACUACUUCGACCGAGUAUGUUAUAUCAUUGGCUGCGGACGAUAUAUCGAGAUCGAGCAAUGGUUAUAUCGGAAAGCUAAGAUCAAAUUUUCUGGGAACCAAGUUCAUUAUAUAUGAUACACAGCUUCCUUACAACAGCAACCAAAUUCCGACCCUUGGCCGAAGCCGGAGAUUCUCCUCCAAAAAGGUCUCUCCAAAGGUACCGGCGGGUAGCUACAGCAUAGCACAAAUUGCAUACGAGUUGAACGUAUUAGGUACAAGGGGACCCCGGAGGAUGAACUGCACCAUGUACUCGAUCCCGACUUCAUCUCUUGAGCCAGAUUCCUCCGUUCCAGGACAGCCCGAGCUCAAUCCUCGCCCCCUCGAAGACUCAUUUCGAAGCAUUUCAUUCUCCAAGUCAAUCGAUCAUUCAACUGAGUUCAGCAGUUCCCGCUUCUCCGAUGUUGCAGGAAUGCUUGCUGAUGAAGAUGGCGAGAGGAAGGACAUAGACAUACCCUUGAUUCUCCGAAACAAGGCACCAAGAUGGCACGAGCAGUUGCAGUGUUGGUGUCUCAACUUCCGGGGGAGGGUGACGGUUGCAUCUGUAAAGAAUUUUCAGCUGAUCGCCGCAACGUCACCUGAUGCAGAAGUGUCUGUACCAUCACAGCCACCUCCCCAGCCCGCCCAACCUAUGCAUUCCGACCACGACAAGAUCAUUCUGCAGUUCGGGAAGGUCGGUAAGGACAUAUUUACGAUGGAUUAUCGAUACCCGCUGUCUGCAUUCCAGGCUUUUGCUAUAUGUCUCAGCAGCUUUGACACCAAAUUGGCAUGUGAAUAGAGGAUGCUGUUGUUUG